AUGGUCACUACAGAGCUCGUCAUGGAAAACAAUUCAUCGAGUACUAUCGUGCCAACAACUCGAGCUGGUGCGGUAUUUUCAACAGAUAUAUACGCUAUACUCGCUUUAAUUGCCGGCUGUUUUCUCAUCGUGUUGUCUGUUUUUGGUAACUCAUUGGUCAUUAUUGCAUUGAAACUGGAGAAAAACAUCAAAACUGCCGCAAAUUAUCUGAUUGGCUCGUUAGCGCUGUCAGAUCUUCUCGUCUCGCUUCUAGUAAUGCCAAUAAGACUGGCCUAUGAUUUGACUGAGACAUGGAUUUUUGGAACUAUUUUCUGCGACGUGUGGAUUUCCUUGGACGUUCUGUGCUGCACUGCAAGUAUUCUUAAUUUAACAGUCAUUGCGUUAGAUAGGUAUUGGGCCAUUACCAAGCCGCUGGAGUACGUAAGCAAGCGAACCCCUCGGCGAGCCGCGUGGAUGAUUGUCAGUGUGUGGAUCAUAUCCGCACUCGUCUCUAUUCCGCCGCUAUUUGGCUGGCGGACCCCGAACGACCGAGCUGAUCCUAACGUAUGUAACAUCAGCCAAGACUUGGCGUAUACCAUAUACUCAACACUUUUCGCAUUUUACGUGCCACUGAGCAUUAUAAUUUUUGUGUACUGCAGGAUCUUUCGGGCUGCUAGGAUGAGGAUUCGACGUAACCAGGUGGCACCAACCGCAACUCGGGGAAGCAACACUCGCGUAACGACACCGACUGUAGGGACGGUGAGCGCACAGAUAGCGACCACAGACAAUUUGCAUUUGGAGCCACAAAAACAAGAAAGGGUUAACAGCAUGAGUUCCCGGGGAAAUGACAUGAGGGCGAUUAGCUUAGCAAGGGAAAGAAAAGCGGCGAAAACUCUCGGGAUCAUUAUCGGUGUAUUCAUAGUUUGUUGGCUGCCGUUUUUCAUCUUCGCCGUCGUCUUGCCUUUUUGCGCGUCUUGCCAAGUGCAUCCUGUUGUGUUGGGAUUUUUUGCCUGGCUAGGCUACAUGAACUCAAUGCUGAACCCUAUAAUCUAUACAUUUUCCAAUAAGGAAUUCAAAAAAGCUUUCCUUCGAGUUUUGAGGUGCAGAUUGAACCACCACUGGUGA